AUGAUCGAGCCGCAGCACCAUAUACAACACCACGACGCUCAAGCCGCUCAAGCCGCUCGCGCUCCUACACAUAUCACCUCUUCCGAGUUCGCCACAACCAGUAAACUGUCACGCAAGACCGCUCAGGCCUCGCCCAUCAUGCACUACCGCUCGCGCUCCCACAACACCAAUUCGCUCUACAAAGAGCCUCACGAUGUUGCACGGGUCGCCUCAACGCCUCAUCUCCCCUCUCGAGUCAUGCCCUCGCCCCUCCCUCCGCCUUCGGCAGCUCUGCCACCCACGCCGGGUCAGAGCGUUUCCCCGUCUCCUACGCUCAACGCACAUCGCUUCUUCUAUCGCAGCAGCAACGGUAGCGCCUACGCGGCACCCAGCAUUCUCGACAAGAGCUUUCGAAAGACUCUCCGAAGCAUCAGUGUUGGCCUCACCCAGCAAGAGCACUUGGAGCUUGUCCAGAAAAUCCUUACAGAUCUUCGUCCUGUUUCCCUUUCUGCCACCAUCCGUUCUUCUUCUCGAGCUUCGAGGCCUGUUAGCAUUGCUUCGUCGCGUCACACCGCCGUGAGCCACAUGACGGUCGAUCACAAGACACUCAGCCUUGCUUCAGACCAGAAGCGCCUCAGUGCAUCUUGGCACAGCGACGAAGCGAGAAGCAUCUCAAGUCACGCCAGUCAGAGCAGUGACGACAAGUCCAAGCCUUCGUCUUUCGUUUCUGUAUCCAAAUCUUCCACUCCACAGCUGAGCCAAAGUCGUACGCCGACUCCCAACACUCCAGGAGGCCCAAUGACUCGUGACAACGUCGAUGAAAAGGCGUCGGCAUUGACAGCCAAGGCUACUUCGGAACUUGCCAUGUCUCCAUCCGCCGCCCUCGAGAGUCUUCGUGUACUCGAGAGCAGCUUUGAUCGAUCAGCUGCUAGCUCGCCCCGCAAUGCUCGUUUCAGCACCCAAGAUACCGACCUUUCGGAGACCACCAUGACCGUUGCAUCUUCACCUACCAAGUCUACCCACCACGACGACAACAACAACAACAACAAACAAGCCCCGUCGAUUCGUCAAGCCAAGCGCAACAGUUCGUACCGCAAAUCCGUGCCUUCUCUGGACGAGCUUGCUGACAAAAACGGGCUCGGCAUCUCGGCUCAAAACGGUCAGCAAGAGGGUUACCCAUCAAAACAGGCGCCAUCAUCGCCCUCGACCGCCACCCAUUCAGAGACGUCCACUUGGAUCUCGUCGCUUACCACAUUCGAGGCCAUCCGCGUGCUUGCUUUCCAGCAAGACGUUGUUUCCGAGACGUGUGUAAGCCCUAGCCUAUCUUCCUUUUCCUCUGGUUCGAAGACCGCUGCUGAUGCCGUGAUCUCAUCAGACGAAGUGAGUGCUUUGCGCGUAGCGCUCAAAUUCACCCUUGCCCGUGCUGACAAGUUAGCAGAAGCACUUAACCGCACCAAGGAGGACAAGCUAAAGGCCGAGACCGAACUCGAGAUACUUCGCAAGAACGUGCUGUCUAUGCUUGGCAGCAAGAACAUGUUCACUGGCGGGCGGGCUUCUCCAUCGCACCACCCACACCGUCUCGCUGCCGAUGCCGAUUUGGUGGAGGAGGAAGAGUUGGAUGGAUUCGAGGAUGCUCGUUCGCGACAGGGUCAUGCAGGCGUUAAGCAGUCAGCUGGUUCACUUGCUGCUGUCGUCUCGCGCCCACCCCGGGCUGCGCGCGCAGCAAAGAGCGCCACGUCAUCCGCAGCUCUAAAACCUGCUUCUGUCGCUUCAGCCUCAAUUGAACCCAAACCCAGUGGAGGAGUGAGCAUUGCCAGUCUUCGCAAAAACGCCUCGGCUUCCGGCGUCGCGUCCAGCGCAGCACAGCGCUACGAGCCAUCGCAUCGAGACGCGGCAUGUGUCGACAACCACCAUGCCUCGGAUGGCGAGGACGAAGAUCAGGACGAUGAAGAAUAUGAUAUGUAUCCCUUUGGCGGACCUCCGCCGCGUCGGGCGGCUGCCGAAGUGUCCAUGACCGACUUCCUCAACGCUUCGCGCAUGUCGAGGUCCGAGAUCGCCGAGCACGACGCACGACGCGAGCUUGACGUCUCGGACGACUUGGACCACUACUCGAUCUCGUCGCACGCUCCCGUGAAGACUGGAGGUCGAUCCAUCGACGCGCAUCGUCGUGGCUUUUUCAAAGGCAUUACCAAACUCGUCGAUUCGGAACGGACGAAACGCAGCACACGUCGUUCUAGCGUCAUGCUCAUCUCGAAACCCACAACUGGCGCCUCGUCAACGCUGCCCCGCUCCGCCUCCUCGGUCACGCCCGCGUUAAGCACAUCCGACAAGUUUACACCCUACAACGAAGAUAGCAUCAUCCCCGCUUACCCGGAUCGAACAUCGUCUAGAUCCACAGACUGUCAUCAGCACGCCCACAGAUACGGCACCAUCGCCUCCCUCUCAUGA